AUGUUUACUGCUACCAAUAUUAUUCUUAAUAAUAUCAUUGAAGACGGGACAACUUAUGCACAAAGAGGUGAGGCUUAUAGUGUUAGUAAAAUAUUAUUGUCAUUUAAAUUUGUUUUCACUUUGUACUUGAUGAAAGAGAUUAUGGGAAUCACUAAUGUUCUUUGCCAAGCACUGCAACAACAAUCUCAAGAAAUUCUUAAUGCAAUGCAUAUUGUUUCUACAUCAAAUUUACUUCUUCAACAAUUAAGAGAUGGUGGAUGGUGCAAUUUUCUUGCAAAUGUUAAAGAUUUUUGUGAAAAGUAUGAAAUUGAAGUUCCUAAUAUGAGUGAACAAUAUGUUUUUGGAAGAGGUCGAUCUCGUCAACCAAGUGUGAUAGUUGAGCAUCAUUAUCGAAUAGAUGUAUUCUUGGCAACAAUUGACUCUCAAAUACAAGAGUUGAAUAGUAGAUUUAAUGAGCAAACAAUAGAGCUUUUGACUUUGAGUUAUGCUUUGGAUCCUAAGGACAAUUUCAAAUCAUUUAAUAUUGAAGAAAUUAGCAAGUUAGCAGAGAAAUUUUAUCCCCUUGACUUUCCUUCUAAUGAGCUAAAUAUUUUAAAAUCUCAGUUGAAACAUUAUCAUCAUGAUAUACCAAAUCAUUUGAAAGGCAUUGGCAAACUUUUUGAAUUGUGCAACAAAUUGCAAGAAACGGGAAAAUCAAGAACUUAUCACAUGGUUGAUAGAUUAAUACGUCUUGUUUUGACUCUACCAGUGUCUACAGCAACAACAGAAAGAGCUUUUUCAGCAAUAAAAAUUGUUAAGACAAGACUCCGAAGUAAGAUGGCUGAUGAAUUUCUUGCAGACAAUUUGGUCUAUAUAGAAAAAGAAUUAGCAGCUAUUUUCGACACAAAUUCAAUUAUAGAUGUAUACACAAUGUUUAUGAGAAAAGGUUAA